AUGGCGACCCGUAUCCUCGAGUCAAGGUUCGAACAUCUGUCGGUGAACGAUGAGAACGACCCUAAUGAUGGUACCAAGUACCAAAAGUCAAAGAUCACAUCAUCUUCGACGACUUCGGCAUCUCAAUUGUCGCAAACCGCAAGCCGAGCCAAUCUUCUGAAGAUUGCAGUUCUAAAUCAAAACACAACAAACACAAUUGUCUCUGUGCCCUCACAGUCUUCACAAUGGCGGUCAUCAAGGGCGGACUUUGAUGAUGGCGCUCGCGCCGAAAGAAAGUCAGCAGCAACAUAUGAGGAUCAGCAGACUGCACCAAAACCUAAAGUAUUUCACCUGGGCAUGUUUGAGAUUGGCAGACCUCUUGGAAAAGGAAAAUUCGGCCGUGUUUACCUCGCAAGGGAACGAAGCUCUGGUUUCGUAUGUGCGCUCAAGGUUCUACACAAGAACGAAUUGAAGCAUGGGAAUGCGGAAACACAAGUACGACGAGAGAUUGAGAUUCAGAGCAAUUUGCGACAUCCUAAUAUCCUCCGGCUUUUCGGCCACUUCCACGACAGUAAACGAAUCUUCCUCAUUCUUGAAUUUGCUGGAAAGGGAGAGCUAUACAAGCACCUCCGACGAGAAAACAGGUUUCCAGAAUGGAAAGCAGCUCAAUAUGUUUCUCAAAUGGCAGCUGCCUUGAAGUACUGUCACAAGAAGCACAUUAUACAUCGCGAUAUUAAGCCGGAGAACAUUCUCCUUGGUAUCCAUGGGGAGAUCAAAUUAUCGGAUUUUGGGUGGAGUGUACAUGCCCCUAGCAACCGCCGAAGUACACUCUGUGGAACUUUAGAUUACCUUCCACCAGAGAUGUUAAAGCCUGGACGCGAUAAGAAUAUCUAUUCCAACAAGGUCGACUUAUGGUCUUUGGGCGUUCUUACCUACGAAUUUUUGGUUGGUGAAGCGCCAUUUGAGGAUACACCUGUUAUGACUCAAAGAAAGAUUGCUCGAGGGGAGAUGACUGUCCCAAGUUUUGUAAGCGCGGAGGCACGAGAUUUGAUUAAGAGGCUUCUUGUCCUCGACCCAGAAAAGCGUAUAUCCCUCGACCAAGUUCAGGAACAUCCAUGGAUUAUCAAAUAUUGUGUUAAAGGCGAGAGAGCGACCAUGAGAGAGUCAAAAUCGACUGGUAGCAAAAACUCUUCCGAAGAGUGA